UUUUUUUUUUUUUCAUUAAACCAAAAAUGACAAUAAAAGUAGAUGUACUUGUUAGUGGUGCAGGGCCCGUAGGACUAUUUUUCACUUAUCAAUUAGCAUUAAGGGGACAUUCAGUUUAUUGUAUUGAUAAAAAAUCAGGUCCCACAGAUCAAAGUAGAGCCAUUCUAGUUACUUCACGUACAAUGGACAUUCUUGAAAAUAAAGCUUUAGCAUCAGAUAUUCUUUCUGAAGCUUAUGUUCCAUGUGGUUUACGUAUGUUUAAUAAUGGCAAUUAUCUAGGAAAAAUAAAUGCUUGUGGUGAUAAUACCCAUUUCCCACAUAUGACAAUCUUAACACAAGAAAAGACGGAAGAAAUUAUUUAUGAAAGAAUACAAACGGAAACAAACUGUAUAAUACAUUGGGAAACAGAACUUGUUAGUUAUACUCAAGAUGAUCAGGGUGUAACAUCAAUCGUACGUGACUCAAAUACUAAGCAAGAACAUGAAGUUAGGUCAGCUUAUAUUGUAGGUGCAGAUGGAUGUCAUUCAAAAGUUAGGAAGGGUAAUCCAGAAUGGACAUAUGAAGGUGUAGCCAUUCCCACAAAAUUUGCACUAGCCGAUUUAGUAAUUAAGGGAGAUAAUAUUGAAGAAAUGAUACACAGAGGAAAUAUGUUCAUGAAGGGAUCUGAUGUAAUGGGGAUAGUUCCUCUUAAUCGUCUUCAUAAAAUAGACGAUACCUCUUACGUAUUUCGUAUAUUUGGUAAUUUGGAAGAAUAUCAUCGUAGCAAUCAAAAUAAUGAAAGCGCAACUCAUGGAAUUGUAGAUAACGAAUAUGAAUCAAACUUUACACUUGAGUUUCUUCAAGAAUGGGUAAAUAGAAUGACAGCACCUAUAAAACUCGAAUUAAGUAAUCUUAUAUGGUCAUCUAUCUUCAGAAUUAAUGAAAGAAUGGCGAACGGCUUCAGAAAGAAGAGAGCAUUCUUAAUUGGAGAUUCUGCUCAUUGUCAUUCUCCAGCUGGUGGACAAGGCAUGAAUUUAGGCUUACAAGAUGCUGAUAACCUUGCAUGGAAAAUGUCAGAUGUGUUAAAAAAUAUCGCAGCAAAUCCAGAGGAACUUCUUGAUUCAUACAGUGCAGAAAGAGAGCCACAUGUUAAAAAUACAAUUCGAACUACCAGUACUGCUACCCAAGCUGGUUUAAUGGCAAAUUUUUUGGCUAAUACUGCUCGUAAAGUUGUUUUGACAAGUGUUCUUAUGGUACCUCAACUUGCACAAUUGGGCUUUAAAAAUACAAUGCAACAAUAUGUUAUGGUGAAUCCUUCUGUAUCUAACAUUAUGGGUAUAUCAGAUAAAGGAUUAAUACAAGCUGGACAAUUUUUGCCUAUUACUGAUACCUUAAGAAAAAGCAUUCGGCUUCGUCAUAAGUCACAAUGCAAUAUAAUUCAAAGAUUAACACUCCGUGAUAUACUCAUUCAUAAUACAUCAUUUGUAGCUGUAUUCAUUGGCACUUGUCUUUCUAGUACUUUGCCAAACUCAGCCUUAAUGGAAAAAUUUUGGAAGGAUAUGAGAGCUUAUCAUUCAAAAGUUCGUCCUAUUAUAAUUCAAUCAGCGUGGCAUAACCAUGUUACUGGUAAAUAUCCAGAUUAUAUUACUAAGGAAGAAUAUGAUCUUGCAGAGGAAUCAUUUUAUAGUGAAGAACAAAUUAAUUCACCUACUUCCAUUACUCAACGCGUGGGUUUGUAUCCUAUACUAUCUUCCUAUUUUGCAAGUGAACAGCCGCCUAAUGUUGUAUUAUUUAUUCGUCCUGAUUUAUAUAUUGCACAAGCUAAACUCGUUGCCAAUGAAGCACAGUUAGAAGAAGUAUUAAAGUAUCUUUCUUCCUUAUAUGUUUAAAUUUUAUAUUCGCAUUUUUUGUAAUUUAUUUGCUUGGCAGCAAAUCAUCCUAAAAAUUAAAAAAAAAAAAAAAAAAAAAAAAAAAAAAAAAAA